CGGUUACCUGACACAUAUUACAAUAUGAAUAGCUUAACCAGCGGUUCCUGGCGGCGGCACCAGUGUAUUCCGGCGAGGGAGAGUCCUAAGGAUGUGUCUCAGUCGUCUAUCUCAUAUGAAAGAAGUUCCACUGGCAGCAGCAGAGUGAAGUCAUGGCGUCGUGAAAUGCACUUUAAGAGAUGGGAAUGUGGAGUCGAGAGCCAAAAAUUCAGGCUUUCCGGCAAAAAACGGAUCAGAUAGCUAUUUAUGAGCAUUUAGUUCAUAAAAUAAACAGAAACAUAUAUUUUUCCACUGAAGUUGCCGAGGAGGAAAAACCUAAAUCCCUAGAUAUAGGAGGCACAAUCCUAGGAAGUAGUAGAAGAAUAUUAAGAAGGAGCUAUAACUGGUGGAGUUGAUGGAACGUCUAACUUUCUGCCUUAAGAACAAUUUUUUUCACAAGAAGAGUUCGACAGCAAGCCCGAGGAAUUACUUGCUGAUGCCGACGUUUAUAUCGAAU